UAAACGGAGCUGAGCUGCUCUGCAUGUUCUCAUCAGUCAUCUCUCUCCCCAAUUUUCAGAAACCCCCUUUCCCAGCCCUAAAUUUCACGCGCCAAAAUUCAUAAAAAUUACAGUCACAGAACUCCGAUUCUUCCGGACUGAAAAAAUGAGCUGGUGGUGGGCUGGUGCUAUCGGCGCUGCAAAGAAAAAAAUCGAAGAAGACGAGCCACCGCAGAAGCAUGAGGGCGUAGCCCUAAUAGUCGGGGUCACCGGAAUCGUCGGCAACAGCCUGGCGGAGAUCCUCCCCCAUUCCGACACCCCCGGCGGCCCAUGGAAGAUCUACGGCGUCGCCCGCCGCCCACGACCCACGUGGAACGCGGACAACCCGGUCAACUACAUCCAGUGCGAUAUAUCCGACCCGGAAGACACACGGGUCAAGCUCUCACCCCUCACAGACAUCACCCACGUAUUCUACGUCACCUGGGCUAACAAAUCCACCGAGGCAGAGAACUGCGAAGUCAACGGCAAAAUGCUGCAGAAUUUGCUGGAUGCAGUAAUCCCUAAUUCCCCCAAUUUGAAGCACAUCUGCUUGCAGACCGGUCGAAAGCACUACAUCGGCCCGUUCGAGUCUUUCGGCAAGAACAUACCGACCCACGAUCCUCCUUACACAGAGGAUUUGCCCCGAUUGAAUCACAUCAAUUUCUACUACACCUUGGAAGACAUUCUCUUCGCCGAGGUGGAGAAGAAGGAGGGUUUGACUUGGUCAAUUCAUCGCCCCGGAAAUAUAUUCGGAUUCUCACCGUACAGCAUGAUGAAUUUAGUUGGUACCCUCUGCGUAUACGCAGCUAUAUGCAAGCACGAGGGUGUUCCUAUGAAAUUUCCGGGGAGUAAGAUUGCUUGGGAGGGCUACUCCGAUUGCUCCGAUGCAGAUUUGAUCGCAGAGCAUCAGAUAUGGGCGGCGGUGGAUCGUUUCGCCAAGAACGAGGCCUUCAAUGUGAGCAAUGGCGAUGUGUUCAAAUGGAAGCAUUUUUGGAAGGCGCUGGCGGAGCAUUUCGGGGUGGAGUUUGUGGAGUAUGAAGAAGGCGGUGAGGAGGUGAAACUCGAGGAGCUUAUGAAGGAUAAAGGUUCGGUUUGGGAUGAAAUCGUGAGGGAGAAUGGUUUGACGGUGACGAAAUUGGAAGAAGUUGGGACAUGGUGGUUUAGUGAUCUUAUACUCGGAGGGGAGUGUUCGUUGGAUUCGAUGAACAAGAGUAAGGAGCACGGGUUUCUUGGGUUUAGGAAUUCGAAGAGUUCGUUCGUUUCUUGGAUGUAUAAGGUGCAGGCUUGCAAGAUUGUUCCUUGAUUUUGGAAGAGCUAUUGUUGUGUGAUUCUUGAAAUUUGGUUCAUAAUGGUGUUGUGGUGUGAUUUUUGGUGGUGUUAACUUGCAAGAAAGUGAGUAGUGGUAAAACCUCUUGUUGUUUAAUUUUUGAGAUUAUCAAUUGUAAUGUUGGUUUGGUUACUUGGUUGUUUAAUUUGUGAUUAUCAAUUGGACAAAAUUGUGGUUUGUGAUUAAUGAAUGCGCGUACUAUUAUGUUUAGA